AUGAUGAUCGAAGAAGUCAACAACUUCACCAGCUUGAUCGACAAAAGAUCCGUUGAUAUGAUCAUCAAGGUAAAUGCUCUGGCCGUGGUUUGCAAUACUUUCAAAAGACGAAUUGGCCACGGGGCAGAAUUUGAGAACACAGCAGGGUUCUCCACCAUUUAUGAUGGAUUGAUGGGUAUUUACUGGGAUCUUGUGGCCACCACUGGACGUGUGCUCGAUGUUCAGUCUGCAGCGGAACUGAGCGAUCACGGUCUGGAACAUGGUCUGGCAACCAUUGAGACCAAGGUUGAAGUGUUGAAUACGAAGGUCCAAGAUCUGGAUGCCGAUCACGGAAUGUUGAUCUUAGGCCAGCAAGAGAUCCAGGAGGUCAAGAAAUCACUUGAGGUGUCUAUGGCUUCUCUAUGAAAUCACCCGUUACCGGCCAUCAGUACAUUUGCUAAGUGGGACGAACAGGAUGGAAUGCGAGGACUUCGAUAUGAGAUAACCAGAGGGGUGGACCACGAGGUGAAUCAAACCACUGAAUGGAUCCGAGCUCAGUUAAAACAUCACCCUGAAGCUGUGCUAGUGUUUACCACUCUGGUGCUCGACUCCAAGCAACACUGGAUGGCUAUCUCGACGUUUCUCACUAACCAAAGAGGUAUUUGCAUGCAGCAGAGUGACGACGAGGCUGAGGCUUGGGUGUAUCCGUGUGAAGUUAUCAAGGGUGUGUUCAUGGAGCUUCAUCGCGUUCGAAGUGUUGGUGCAAUGAGAUCGAAACUCGGCCAACUUACCCUUGAUGAUGCAGCAAGAAUGAUGUGGGCUGUCCUGCGGUGCCAUCAGCUAAUGAAUUCCUUUAUUGAUUUGAAAUUCACGGGACAUCCAAAGCUCUCUGGAUAUUCGUUGAGUCAUCUGUUUCGUCACAGAUUGACCCCCAAGAACUUGGACUCUAUGAAGGCGCAGCUUUCUCAGUUUCAGAGGGAAAUGACCACGUUCAAUGCUAAGCUGGCCAAGAAGAAGGACAGGGGCGCUUGA